UGGAGGGAGGGAACGCAUUUAAAGGAGCCAAGGCCCAGGAUAAGGUAGAAAUUUAAAGGGACAGAAGCCCCGAAGACAAGAGACAUUUAAAGGUGCAGAUGCCCAAGAUAGAACAAACUCUUGAGACUACCAGUUCCGCACACCGAAGACAUUUAAAGUGGUUCUCUCCAUCCCGGACCUUGUUCCCAGGCUAUGGCCCCCAGUGCCCUGUAGACCUGGCAGUCCCCCGGUGUUUGCGGCCCCUACUUGGGGGUCUGGGUGGCUACCGGAGGGCCUUCCAAAGGGAAAGAGAAGGCAGGACCAUGGCAUCUAGGGCCUCUGAACUUCCCCAGGGGCGCAGCGUGACGGCGGGCAUCAUCAUUGUUGGAGAUGAGAUCCUCAAGGGACACACUCAAGACACCAACACCUACUUUCUGUGCCGGACACUGCGCUCCCUGGGGGUCCAGGUGUGCCGAGUCUCUGUUGUGCCUGAUGAAGUAGCCACCAUUGCAGCCGAGGUCACCUCUUUCUCUAGCCGGUUUACCCAUGUUCUCACUGCAGGGGGCAUCGGCCCCACUCACGAUGAUGUGACCUUUGAGGCAGUUGCCCAGGCUUUCGGGGAGGAGCUGAAGCCACAUCCUGAGCUGGAAGAGGCCAUCAAAGCCCUAGGAGGGCAGGGCUGGGAGAAGCUGUCCCUGGUGCCCUCCUCUGCCCGCUUGCAUUACGGCGUAGAUCCUCGCACUGGCCGCCCCUUCCGAUUCCCGCUGGUCUCUGUCCGGAACGUCUACCUCUUCCCAGGCAUUCCGGAGCUGCUGCGGCGGGUGCUGGAGGGGCUAAAGGGACUGUUCCAGAACACAGCUGUUCAUUUCCACUCCAAGGAGCUGUAUGUGGCUGCUGCUGAAACCUCUAUUGCCCCCAUCCUUGCGGAGGCCCAGGCCCACUUUGGGCGGAAGCUUGGCCUGGGUUCCUACCCUGACUGGGGCAGCAACUACUAUCAGGUGAAGCUGACUCUAGACUCUGAGGAAGAAGGACCACUGGAGGAAUGCCUGGCCUACCUGACUGCCCGUCUGCCCCAGGGGUCGCUGGUCUCCUACAUGCCCAACGCCGUGGAGCAAGCCAGUGAGGCUGUAUACAAACUCGCUCAAUCAGGGUCUUCUCUGGGGAAAAAGGUAGCAGGUGCCCUACAGACCAUUGAGACUGCCCUGGCUCGGUACCAUCUCAACCAGCUCUGUGUGGGCUUCAACGGGGGCAAGGACUGCACCGCCCUCCUGCACCUCUUCCAUGCAGCUGUGCAGAGGAAAUUUCCUGAUGUCCCCAAACCCCUCCAGAUCCUGUAUAUCCGCAGCAUCUCCCCUUUUCCUGAACUGGAACAGUUUCUACAGGACACUAUCAAGAGGUAUAAUCUGCAGGUGUUGGAGGCUGAGGGUGACAUGAAGCAGGCCCUGUGUGAGCUGCAGACACAGCACCCCCAGUUGGAGGCUGUCCUGAUGGGCACUCGCCGGACUGAUCCCUAUUCCUGUAGCCUCUGCCCUUUCAGUCCCACCGACCCCGGCUGGCCUUCUUUCAUGCGCAUCAACCCACUGCUGGACUGGACCUACAGAAACAUCUGGGACUUUCUACGUCAGCUGUUUGUCCCAUAUUGUAUCCUGUAUGACCGAGGGUACACGUCUCUGGGGAGUCGGGAGAACACAGUACAGAACCCAGCCCUGAAGUGCCUAGGCCCAGGAGGACACCCCACCUACCGUCCAGCCUACCUACUGGAGAAUGAAGAAGAGGAGCGAAACUCCCGCAUGUGACCUCCUGUGUGGAGGGGGGAGGGGAGUGCCUGUCAAUAAACCAGCCUCUCACUGUG